GGAAACAUGGUUGUAUGAACCAGAGCAAGCGAACAAGAGAGAGAUGGCAGAUCUGUUCAACGUUCAAGCUAAGCAAUACUCGGAGACUCGACCGAGUUACCCACCUGAGCUUUUCCAAUUCAUUUCGUCUAAGACUCCGUCUCACAACCUUGCUUGGGACGUCGGGACCGGGAGCGGCCAGUCUGCAAAAUCUUUAGCCGGAAUUUACAAGAAUGUGGUGGCCACAGACACAAGCCAAGAGCAACUAGCGUUUGCUUCCAAGUUACCCAACAUUCGUUACCAACAGACUCUACCCAUCAUGUCCAUAGACGAAGUCGAACAACAGGUGGCAAGACAAGCAAGCGUUGAUGUUGUGACGGUAGCCCAGGCACUCCAUUGGAUUGAUCUCCCGAACUUCUACCAACAAGUGAAUUGGGUACUGAAAAGACCCCACGGAGUGAUUGCAGUAUGGUGUUACAUAGAGCCUGAAGUUAGCGACUCCGUUGACGAUGUCUUCUGGAGGGUUUACCGGGAGUCCGGUCCUUAUUGGGCCCCCGCACGUAAACUUGUCGACGAUAAGUACCAGAGCAUCCAUUUUCCGUUCGAGCCGGUAGAGGGAACCGAUCACACUGGCCCCUUCAAAUUCGAAUCAAAUCAAUCAAUGAAUUUGGAUAUUUACUUGACGUACAUAAGAUCAUGGUCGGCAUACCAAACAGCUCGGAAGGCAGGAGUGGAGCUUUUGAGAGAAGAUGUGAUCGAGGACUUCAAGAGGGCUUGGGGAGAUGAUGGGAGAAGCGAGAAGGUUGUUCGGUUUCCAGUUUAUUUGAGGAUGGGGAAAGUAGGAGCUCGGUGAUCUGCAAUCGAAUAUCUCUUUGACCUGCAAAACGUAUGUAUCCCUUUGUCGGAUUUCAGAUUUCAAUUCGACCAGUUUAUAUCAAUUGAAUAGUAUAUAUAAAAUUUCAAUUA